CACAAUGAUUGACUCAUGUUCUUGCUCAAUUCAUCCUGCUAAUGGCAAACUUGGCCACAUGAUUCUCUGGUUGAGGCUAGGGACUAUUAACCAUGGUGGCUCCUAAGCAGAAAAAGUUCUGCCACUGAGCUGUACUCUAUCUCUGCCUUCAGUUUCCUUUCUGUUUCCUCCCUUAUCUGCUGUGUCAGGAUUCGAAGUCACUUUGGAGGUUAUAUAUAGGGAAGGAGCUGUUUCUAAGGAUAUUUUUCUCCGUGUUUUGCAAGCUGCAGAACCCCCAACCACCAGGAGCUAACAGAGCCCUGAAGCCACUGUGAGUGGGCUUUUCUCGUCUGCAGCACAGUAGGCUCACGUGCUUCCUCUAGUCAGGGUGAAAGGAGAAGUUGCAGUCUAGAGCUAAGACGUGCUGAGACCAUCCAGCCAGUCUGCCCAUUCCUUUUCCUUCCAGCUGACACCAUCAUGUUGCCCCAGAUAUUCACUUUAAGCCUCAUACUACUUUUCACAGGUGCUGUAGUUUCUUAUACGCAAGUGAGUGGAGUGGUGGGUUGGCCGGUCACACUACCCUGCACCUAUUCAGUAACAAAUGGAGCGGUCACAUCCAUGUGCUGGGGUAGAGGGGCAUGUCCUACAUCUCGGUGCUCAGAGCAGCUCAUCUGGACUGAUGGAUCCCGUGUCACCUUUCAGAAGGACAUGCGUUACAAGCUAAAGGGGGAUAUUUUGCAAGGGAAUGUGUCUUUGACCAUAGAGAAUGGUAAUGAGGCUGACAGUGGCCUCUAUUGUUGCCGUAUUGAGCACUGGGGAUGGUUCAAUGAUAGGAAGAUCACCCUAUCAUUGGAGGUUAAACCAGCUCCAGCUGAGGAUACAAGUGUUCCAACAUCACCUAGGAUCUCUACCUCUGCUUAUCCAACACCAGCACCCACUCAGAAUCACAAACCAGCUGAGGAUACAAGUGUUCCAACAUCACCUAGGGUCUCUACCUCUGCUUAUCCAACGCCAGCACCCACUCAGAACCACAAACCAGUCACUACUUCAUCUUCUUCAACUCAGCAAACAGAAAUCCAGUCUACAACACUACAGGGAACAAGAACACAACCCACCAGCUCACCUUCCUUGUAUUCUUGCCCAACAGAUGGGAAUGGCACCAUGACACAGUCUUCAGAUGGCCUUUGGCAUAACAAUCAAACUCAAGCAUUCCCAGCACAAAAUCCAUGGAUGACCACCACGAAGGGAAUCUAUAUUGGAAUCUUUGCUUCUGCCUUGGUGUUGCUUGCUGUUUUUGUUGUCAUGCUCAUCAAAAUAUGGUUUCAUUUAAUACCCCUCAAACUGGAGCUCCACAAACUGCAAAUAAAGUGCGAGUCCGAGCAGAAGACAAUAUCUACAUUAUUGAGGAUAAUCUUUAUGUUAUGGAAUAAGACCUGGCGCAGCUCUCCAAUGUGGCAUGGUGAUUACAGAAGACACUUACCAGAUGUCACCAUGCUGGAUACCCGUUAACUCCAGGACCAUUUUUCUGUGUCAGUUUCAUUCGACAUUCCAACAUGUCAGCCACAGGGCCUGGGAGACCCUAACUGAAAACUGUGUAUUGUCAAUGUCAUUGUUAAUUCAGUGCUAAUUUGUAUACUAAAACUGUCUCAAUCUUUCUGGUCAUUGCAGAGUUCUCUCUCAAACAAGAACAUUUUUGAGUUAUUUGUUCCCUCUAGACCCCGUGACUCAUGUAUCCAUCAAAGAAAAUGGUAACUGGAAGCACAGGAAAUGAUUGCCCUGGUCCCCAAAAUGAUCAAGAGGAGGGGACUAGAACUUAAAAAUCAGAAAAUCCAAUUUGAGAUUCAUUUUGGAAGCAUUUGUUGAUUACUUUUUUUAUUGUAAUAUCAAAUGUUGCAAUAUCAAAUGUCCUUCAAGGGUUUCAAAUCACAGGAGAGCACAUGUCUAUUUUUCUGUAGGCCGGCAGGAGUUUAAUUCACCAUUACAGGUGUAUCUACUUUCUUAACAGCCCUGGAUGCGUUAAGCGCUUGAUCCCUGGAUCAGGACGCCUAUUUUAACAAUCAGAUGACACUAUAGUAGUGAGUAUGGACAAAAUAGAUACCAAAGAAAGGAAAUAAUUGAUGCUGUGAUUUUACACAUUUGUGCUGUUUCUACUACACUUGUACCACCUACUACAUCUGCAGUGCGGUGUGGGUGAUGCUGGGCCUGGCUGGGGGAUUGCCUGCCUAGCCCAUGCGGGAGGUUAGAAGGGCAUGGCACGCCACGCCUUCCCCAGUGGCCUGACUGCCGGCAGGCAGCAGAGCCCCACGAGCAUUUGCCCCACCCCGCUCCCUGUUGAAGGGUCUUGUAAUUAUCAAUCAGGUAAACAGCUCCCAGGUGUGGGCCAGGCCCAUUAGGACCACCUGGAAAGCUACGUAGCCCUCGUGACCUUCCAGCUGGUUGGAGAAGCUUAUCGGCACCAAUAUCGGCUCUAUCCUAUAGAAUUAGUGUUGCCCUGAAUGAGCUACGCCCCCUCUGCCUGUCCUUUAAAAGGUGUGCGUGGUCGUUAAUAAAGUGUACAUGUUCACCAAAACUUGUCUCCGGUGCUUCUUGUCGAAGAACGCCAUCGCCCUCACGAUCCCGGCGGUGUGCAGGCCUCGCAGGACGAGUCUGCGGUGUGGUACAAGAUGCUUCCCUAGGUAACCAACAGAAUCUUGACGAUUUUUAGAAUGAGAGCAGAAAUGAAAGGGGAAAAAAGGAGGGAAUACAGAAAGAGGCUUCUGUCUCAGCAAAGUUUUAUUGCAAUUAUAAUAGUAUUUGAACCAACAUUUGAAAUUUCUUAAUUGUCUCCAAACUACGUACAUAUUUAACUUUGUUUCAGAAGGGUAAAGAUUCUUUUUCAAAUCUAAUCCAUCUAGCUCUUUUUCACAAUUCAAUUCAAUUUUUGGCUUUGCCAGGAGAGCUAAAGGCUUCUUUGUAAAGAUAUUUCAGUCACCUUUCGAUGACUUAGAAGUGAAGAUUUGCAAGGGCCAGAGUUGUCGGAAAAAAAAAAUAUUUCUACAGUUAAGCAGCCUGGGUGUUUUUUUUCUAUUUCAGUUUGAGUAAACCUUGGAGUGAUUUGCACUCGAGGUUCAGAGCUCCUGACACCAUGGUGGUCCAGCAGGGCAAGAUAUUUGCUGUUAAAGGUCACGUUUUUGACACUGUUCUGUAGAGUUUGUGAAAAUGAAUGGGCCCUCUGCAUUCAAGUUCUGUGGCAGAUAAGAUUGUGCCACACUAUGUGCCAGGUUUCCAAAUGGGCCAGCCUAAUUUGGCCCAAACAUUGAUUAGGUUUUUCCCCCUUAAUUUUGAGGCAACAUGCCCAAGCUUGGAGGUUUGAAAUUAAAGCCCUGAUUUGCAGCUUCUCUGAAGAGACUUGACAACACUGAAUUGCAUUCCUUUGGGACCAGGCUACCUGCUGAGUAGCUUAGGGCCCUGAGUUUAUGAUGCUGGCUCUGUUCCCCAUGCCCUUCCUGGAGAUUGAUGAUGCACAGUAGGGGCUCUGGGAUUCUGCAUACCUUUGUUGAAUUCAGUGUUUCUCCGACUUGUUUGAACAUAAGAGUACUGUAACUCAUGGCAUCCUGUGAAACAGUGUAUGAGGGCUUUGGGGAAGGCAGGUAGUAUACAGGGCUAAAGAUAGGACCUGGGUUCUAAUCCCCACUCAGCAUUAGCACUAGAUGACAUUGAGGGAAAUUAUUCUUUUUGCCUAAAUUUUCUCUUGUUUUAUCAUUUCCAUAUCUAUCCUGGUGUAUAGUGGUAACUCCAAUGAAUUGUUGUUUGUGAGAAAUUUUUUAGAAGUGAAAAACAUUACAGAAAUGAAAGGUUUUUUUUUUCUCCAAUAGGUUCUUUAGUAGAUGUAGCAUGAAUCUUGGUAAAUAAUUUCAGUGGUUUACUGAUCAGUCUUUUUUUUUUAAUUUCUUUGCAAAAUUUGAUUUUGGAUAAUGUGUCACUUUAUAGUAGAAACAAAUUGUCAAUAUCUGAGUGGGAGAAUGGGUAGGAAGAGAAGGGGAGGAAAUUAGUUAAUACAUAUUUUUUGUAAAUAUCAGUCUUUAAGAAUUGUGAAAUUAUAAGUAUCAAUCUUAUAAAUCAUACUGAACUUUGGUUUCUGAUCCUUUGAAACACAGUUGAGAUUGCAUUACAUACAAUUUAUCUUGGGAUAUGAGGGCACUGGUGUGAUUCAGACUAUAUAUUUAAACCCAAGAAAUUUCAUACAUCUUUAAGAAACAGCCAUGUCACUAUGUUUACUGAUGGUGGUAAAGAUGAAUUAAUUUUCUGAGUACUUGCAAGUGUCAAGGGUUCUUAGUGGUUGUGCACGUUCAGGUGAAUGUAUACUCAUUAAUAAAGGACUUUUGUUUUCUUU